AUGUCCCAACCCAUUAAGUCAACAUCGUCGGGCGAAACACGUACCGAGCACCUAGCAAAGUGGGCAGCUAAUCUACAGUACAAGGAUAUUCCCGAAAAUGUGGUACAGAAAACCAAAGAUUUCUUUUUAGAUUGGCUAGGCUGUACGAUUGCCGGCCGUCAUCAUCCCGCCGUUUCCGCCAUAGCUCAAUUCGCUCGCCAGAUGGGUCCCUCGAAUGGCAAAAGUGAACUUGUUGAUGGGUCAUUGGGCUUCACAACCAGUCCGGCAUUUGCUAGUCUGGUUAAUGGUGCUUCGUCUCAUGUAGUUGAGCAGGAUGACCUUCAUAACCGAAGUAUCAUGCACCCUGCUACUGUUAUAUAUCCGGCCGCUCUAGCUGUAGCACAAGAAGUUGAGGCUACAGGCGAAGAAUUUCUCACAGCAUGUGUCGUCGGUUACGAAGUUGGGUGCCGGGUUGGAGAAUACUUAGGCAAAAGUCACUACGAGCGCUUCCACAGCACUGCUACGGGUGGCGUCAUAGGCGUCGCAGCCGCAGCCGCACACCUGUUAAACCUCGACGCAGCAACAACCCUGUCAGCAAUUGGAACAGCCGGUACACAAGCAGCAGGUCUCUGGCAGUUCCUCCUCGAUGCAACGCACUCAAAGCAAGUACACACAGGUAAGGCCUGCUUCGACGGGAUAUUUGCAGCAUACUCUGCUCGCGAUGGCCUUCUCGGACCUCGAGAUAUUCUCGAAGGACCACGGGCAAUGGGCAUAGCCUUAGUUCCAGGCGAGACAUACCCGGAGGCAAUCAAUCAAGAUCUAGGCUCCGACUGGGCUAUCCUCAGCUCCAGUUUCAAAUGGCAUGCCUCGUGCAGACAUACGCAUCCCAGUGUCGACGCACUGCUGAGUCUAAUGGAGAAGAAUAAUGUUGCCUUUGACGAUAUUGAGUCGGUGGUUGCGCGCACUUAUCAGGCUGCGCUUAAUGUGCUCGGUCUUAGUGGAGCCGGUGAGACAGUCCAUCAGAGCAAAUUCUCGAUGGGAUUUGUUCUGGCUGUUGCAGCUAAGAAGGGACAGGCUAUGAUUACCGAUUUUACGGAGGAGGAUUUGGUGGAUGCUUCUUUGCGGGAAUUUCAGAAGCGGGUUACUAUGGAGCUGGAUGAGGAGAUUGAGAGCAGGUUUCCUAAACAGUGGCAGGGGAUUGUUAUUGUUACGUGCAAAUCCGGGGAGAAGUUUACGGAGUCGGCUGAUUUUGCGAAGGGAGAUCCUGAGCUUCCUCUAACAAAGGAGGAAAUCGAGAGGAAGACGAGGGCCCUUGCUACUUAUGGUGGAAUCACGGAUGUCUCACGCGUGAAUCGACUGAUUGAAAGAGCGUGGAACUUGGAGCGGGAGACGAGUCUCAAUGGGUUUGUCUUUUAG